UACUACCCCACGGCUUUGCCCCCACUUCUCAGUAAAACACCCCCACCGCCGUCUGCCUCUUCCUUGUAUAUAAAGCAAACAAGAUUCUACCUCCUAGGGUUUCUCACUUUCUCUGUCUACCAUCCUCAACCUCUUCCUUUCACUCAGCGGAGUGUGCAAAUGGCGCAGUCGCUGGAGCUUUUGUUGAUUCAAUUCCUGAUGCCGGACAACGACGCUCGGCGGCAGGCGGAGGAUCAAAUUAAGCGGUUGGCGAAGGAUCCACAGGUGGUGCCUUCCCUAAUACACCACCUCCGCACAGCCAAGACCCCGAAUGUCCGCCAACUCGCCGCUGUUCUCCUCCGGAAGAAGAUCACCGGGCACUGGGGAAAGUUAUCACCGCAGCUCCGCCAGCUAGUCAAACAGUCACUCAUUGAAAGUAUUACUGUGGAACACAGUCCUCCGGUGAGGCGAGCUAGUGCAAAUGUGGUUAGUAUCAUCGCAAAAUAUGCUGUCCCGGCUGGAGAAUGGCCUGAUUUGUUGCCAUUUCUAUUCCAAUGUAGUCAAAGCGCACAAGAAGAGCAUAGAGAAGUGGCAUUGAUACUCUUCAGCUCAUUGACAGAAACUAUUGGGAAUUCAUUUCGGCCGUACUUUGCAGAUUUGCAAUCUCUGCUACUGAAGUGCCUACAAGAUGAGACCAGUAAUCGUGUUAGAGUUGCUGCUCUCAAGGCAGUUGGUUCUUUUCUAGAGUUCACUCAUGACGAGGCAGAAGUAAUCAAGUUCAGAGAGUUUAUUCCCAGCAUUUUGAAUGUAUCGAGGCAAUGCCUUGCUUCUGGUGAAGAGGAUGUUGCUGUCAUUGCCUUCGAGAUAUUUGAUGAGUUAAUCGAGUCCCCUGCUCCUCUUCUUGGGGAGUCUGUAAAAGCCAUAGUUCAAUUUUCUCUUGAAGUUUGUGCUAGUCCGAAUCUGGAAUCUAAUACACGCCAUCAGGCGAUUCAAAUAAUUUCAUGGCUUGCAAAAUAUAAAUCAAGUUCGCUCAAAAAGUAUAAGCUGGUUGGACCGAUCCUGCAAAUUAUGUGCCCUUUACUUGCAGAAUCAACUAACCGGGAUGAGGAUGAUGAUCUUGCACCUGACCGAGCUGCUGCAGAAGUUAUUGAUACGAUGGCUUUGAAUCUGCCAAAGCAAGUAUUUCCGCCUGUUUUUGAAUUUGCUUCCUUAAGCAGUCAGAAUGCCAAUCCGAAGUUCAGGGAAGCUUCAGUUACAGCUUUAGGUGUUAUUUCGGAGGGUUGUUUGGAGUUGAUGAAAGACAAACUGGAACCUGUUCUUCAUAUUACUUUGGGGGCUCUUAGAGAUCCUGAACAAAUGGUACGAGGGGCUGCGUCCUUUGCUCUUGGUCAAUUCGCUGAGCAUCUACAGCCUGAAAUUGUAUCUCACCAUGAAAGUGUUCUUCCAUGUAUUUUGAAUGCUCUAGAGGAUACAUCUGAUGAAGUCAAGGAGAAGUCUUAUUAUGCAUUGGCAGCAUUUUGUGAGAACAUGGGUGAAGAAAUUCUUCCUUUUCUAGAUCCUUUGAUGGGAAAACUACUUGGCGCCCUCCAAAGUAGCCCACGUAAUUUGCAGGAGACGUGCAUGUCUGCAAUCGGUUCAGUGGCAUCUGCUGCAGAACAAGCUUUUGUUCCAUAUGCUGAAAGGGUUCUCGAGUUGAUGAAAAUCUUUAUGGUACUUACUAAUGAUGAGGACCUUCGGUCACGAGCAAGGGCUACCGAGUUGGCGGGAAUAGUUGCAAUGUCUGUUGGGAGGUUAAGAAUGGAACCAAUUUUGCCUGCCUUCGUCGAAGCUGCAAUAUCUGGUUUUGUGUUGGAGUUUAGUGAGCUUCGAGAGUACACUCAUGGAUUCUUCAGCAAUGUGGCCGAACUUUUAGAAGAUGGGUUCACUCAGUACCUUCCACAUGUAGUUCCUCUGGCCUUUUCGUCCUGCAACCUUGAUGAUGGCUCUGCUGUGGAUAUUGAUGAUUCUGAUGAGGAUGAAAAUGUCAAUGGUUUUGGUGGUGUCUCAUCUGAUGACGAAGCACAUGAUGAACCAAGAGUUCGUAAUAUUAGUGUAAGAACAGGUGUUUUGGAUGAAAAAGCAGCUGCUACUCAAGCCCUUGGCUUAUUUGCUCUGCACACAAAGAGCUCCUACGCACCGUACAUAGAGGAGACUCUGAAGAUUCUAGUUAGGCACUCGACAUACUUUCACGAGGAUGUUCGUCUUCAGGCUAUAAUUUCACUGAAAUAUAUUUUGACAGCCAUACGAGCAGUUUUCCAGAAUCAUAAUGAAGGAAUUACAAAGAUUAAAGAGGUUCUUGAUACUGUGAUGAAUAUUUAUAUAAAGACAAUGUCUGAAGAUGAUGACAAGGAAGUUGUUGCUCAAGCCUGCAUGAGCAUUGCCGACAUCACCAAUGAUUUUGGAUAUAUGGCUGUUGAGCCUUACAUGCCUCGCCUUGUUGAAGCCACUUUGGUACUGCUUAGAGAGGAAUCUAGUUGUCAGUUGAUAGAAUCGGACAGUGAGAUAGAUGACGAUGAUAAGGAGCAUGAUGAAGUGCUCAUGGACGCAGUGUCUGACCUCCUUCCAGCAUUUGCAAAGGUAAUGGGUGCCCAAUUCGCUCCAAUAUUCUCAAAGCUGUUUGAGCCUCUGAUGAAAUUUGCGAAACAAUCACGCCCACCACAAGACAGGACAAUGGUUGUUGCAACCCUUGCAGAAGUUGCUCAGCAUAUGGGUGCUCCAAUUGCUGGCUAUGUUGAUGCUGUGAUGCAUCUUGUACUCAAAGAAUUAGGAUCCCCUGAGGCAACCAAUCGAAGAAAUGCUGCAUUUUGUGUGGGUGAGCUGUGCAAAAAUGGUGGCAACUCAGUUCUGAAAUACUAUGCUGAUGUUUUACCUCGCCUUUAUCCAUUAUUUGGGGAAUCUGAGCCAGAUAAUGCGGUGAGGGACAAUGCCGCUGGUGCAGUGGCAAGGAUGAUAAUGGCUCACCCAGAGUCCAUUCCACUUAACCAGGUGCUACCUGUUUUGCUGCAAGUGCUUCCAUUGAAAGAGGAUUACGAAGAAUCUACAUCAGUAUAUGGAUGCAUAUGUAAUCUAGUUUUAUCAUCUAAUGCUCAGAUACUGUCUUUGGUCCCACAGCUGGUUAAUAUAUUUGCGCAAGUCGCUGUGUCACCCGUUGAAACUCCUGAAGUUAAGGUGCAUAUAGGCAGAGCAUUCUCUCACCUGAUAUCACUUUAUGGUCAUCAAAUGCAGCCUCUUUUGGGCAACCUUCCACCUGCACAUGCCAAUGCUCUAGCAGCAAUUGCACCUAAGAGUUGAGACAUAUGCAACCCUGUGGAAUUCGUACUUGGUUUUAUGCUCCUUCUGGUCGGUCUCCAAUGUUGUUAAUCCCAUUAAAUGGGAUGAUUGCGAGAAUUAGUUUGGAAAGCGAGGUUUUACUUUUGGUUCCUCUCUGCUGCUGUCUCCGGUUUUCCAGUUUGGGGAUGUAGCGUUCCCUCAAUUUUGGUGUGUAUUCUUUGGUAUUUAUCUAUCUUAUUCUUUGAAUGUUUGUAAGGCUUGUUUGCUGCUAUUCAUUUAUUACUUCACAAGUCAGCCCAAAUAGCUUAGAAGGAAUGUAGUGGGUGUUUUUAUGCUAUAAUAUUUAUCACAUACACAAUCGAGUGUGUAUAUUUGGUUUUGCUUAUUGGAUAUUUUCUUGUUA